CCUGGCAAUUGAGCUUUGAAGGAUCGAAUGAACGAUUGAUUUCCUGUUGCCGAAUGAUCGAUUGAUUCUCCCCCCCCCCCCAGUUAUCGAUUUUUGCUUCACACGGCCAUCGCCAUUGUCUAACUUUGCCUGCUAUUGAGGAAUUCUUCGUCACCUUGUGUGUCUGUUGAUGUUCGCAGGGGUUGUGGGUUUCCGACUAGAAUAGAAAUUCAUUAUUGCUUGGAAAUUAGGGUUGCAGGGUGUGUUUUUGGUUUUGUUUCAGAUCUAUGGGAGAUGGGCCGUGUAGUUACACUUGUGAUGAGGUGAUCUAGCCCGGAUUAGCUCUGUGUGUAGAUUAAAGCAGAGUGCGGGAGCUUUCCUCGGAGUUUAGAUUGAGGUGGUUGAGGUUUUUGGGGGGAUCGUUAGAUUGGAAUUUUGGGAGUUUGGAGAGGUUGCUGGGGGUGUUGGAUGCUCGAAGUGUGGAGUUUGGGAGCAGGUUUUGUAGAUGAGCUGCUGGUUUAGUUGUGUACAGAGUGCGACUGGAUCGAGCUUUUGGCUCUUUUAGGGUUUUGUGGAGAUGGUAGUGGGCGUAAAUAGGAGUGGGAACAGUUUGUUUACAUUUAGAAACGUAAUGUGGAGCGAUGUUGCUGCAUUUUUAACCCGCUCUCCGAUCACAAGUGUGAGAGUGUGAUAACACAAGGUGGAGCAGAAUGGAUUGGUGAGCGGUUUGGGGUAGCGGAUGAUUGUGUUUUGGAGUGAGAAUGCUGAUGUCUUGCAGUGCACGGGGCGAUUGGAAUUAGAUUUCGUGAUGUCAGUGAGAACAAAGGUGUAGCUCAAUGUCGUUCUUGGAGUCGUUCCCCUUUCUUGGGCGAAGAGGGAAGGCUCUUACAGAUGGUCAAGAAUUAGAUGCCGCAGGAGCACCAAGGUCUCCGAGGACAGCUUGCCUUUCUCCACCAUCGCUGAAAGUCACUUUAGAGAAAAAUGUUUACAGACCGGGUGAUAUGGUAGUUGCUACUAUCAAAAUAAUCAACGAGUCUCCUGAAGGCAGACUCGGAACGGUGCGGGAUCUCACGGCCGAUGCUGUUUUGAUAGAGAGUUUAUCUGUGGAUGUCAGAGGCAUAGAGAAAGUCGACCCACAAUGGCUUGUUACUCCAAAACCGCCCCCUGGGUCAAAGCAACGAAGAGGAGAACGGACAAUGUUGAAGUCUUCAUCAGCUGUUAUUGUUUCAAACGCCCUUAUCUUUCAAGGCUCAAGCAAUUCUUAUAUGGUGCGCACGAGCCUACCUGAGUUAUUGCCACCCACAUUUCGAGGCACUGCAGUAAGGUAUCUAUAUUACAUUUCUACCGCGCUUCGCUGGUCACGUUGUGCUUCGGAAAAUGGACAUGGUCCUUCACCACCUGCGAACUCGGAGCGUCUGGAAGUGCGUACUGCUCUGCCGAUUUGGACGCUACCUCACACCAAUGGGCUGACGUCAGACGUGUCUCACUAUGGCCACUCUGGAAUAGUGCCCCCGUAUACCUUAGUGUUAGAGAUUCAAUGGAAAGAGGAUAAUAGCGAAAGCGUUUGGGCUUGGGCCGCUGAUGCCAGUUUAAGGAAUGGUGAAGACAGAACCAGCACUCCAAAGUCUGAUGGUGGUUCUGCAUUCACAAGCCCUACAAAGUCCAUUUCCUUGGAUCGGUUUGACCGUUCGUAUUCGAUUUCCUCUCGGGCUACCCCAUUACAUCUGGACCCGUCAUUUUCUGCUCAAUCUUUAAGUAGUAGAGACUCACUUUCCACAUCUGCAUCAGUGACCGAUUUUUCUGCUACCCCUUCAAUAUCAAAGCAAAAUGGCGCCUUUGAUUCUGGGUCAGCGCUUAAAAGAGCGUGUAGUCUCGACUGCUUGAGUAAUGAAGCAUUCAUAGCAAGUAUGAAUGCUCAUCAUUUGAACGGAGUUGCCUCUAGACACAGCAAUAGGGUGGAGGAGGAAGUUAUCCCAGAUUCUCCUAAUUCAUCGCCUGCUGUCUAUAACCGAGGGAAGUCUUACAAUAUCCGGAUGGAUGGCGAAGUGCUAGUCAAGUUUUCACCCAAGAACCCAACAUCCACAUAUUAUUUUGGUGACAUGGUAACUGGAACUUUACAGUUUUUUCAUAACGACAAGAGGAGAUGCUUGGAGGUGACAGCUGUUUUAGAAACCAGGGAAGUAUUGAAUCCAGCUGUAGUACAUCCUUCUCGCAAAAAUUCUUCGACAAUAACAAAGGUUCACUCUGAGUACUAUGAAAUUGUGAAUGACGUCAUCAGUACACAGUUUCUAUUCUCAAUACCCCUCGACGGACCUGCCUCCAUGGCUACCCCCUUGAUGUCCCUGGAUUGGAUCCUCCGUUUUGAGUUUGUGGCCACCCCAUUGAACGUGGAUUGGAGUAAAGUUGAACACCCAAUGUUGAUAGAUGUAAGCCAACGCCGAAAGGGUGAAUGGAAUCUACCGAUUAUUGUUCACGCUACUCCUCCAAAGAAACCUUUGCCUGAAGCUGAAAAUUCUGCAAAGUCGUGGGCACGAAGUCCAAGUGCCAUUUACAAGUCUCUUUGCGAAGAGUAUCCAGAAAGAGGGUCUGACACGGCUUCUCCAUCAGGAAGCAUCGCAAGAGAUUAAUUCAAGAGCUAGCAGCUGUUCGUGGAGUGCAGUUUGGCCUUCCUUUAAUAAUAUGCCCUUGUGCCUCUCGGUUGCUGCCUUGUGGUGUUCGCAUUUGAUAAGAAGGGGUCGUGAUGUUGGUAGUACUCCCGACGCUGGUGUUCUCGAUGGUAGCUCGCAAUAUUAGCCAGUUGAGCAUGCUCAAUAUUUUGGUUCUAUUAUCAUUGCCUGCAUUCUGCUGUGUACUGUAACGUUAUCAUUUUGACUGAUAGAUUUGAAAGGAGGCGUGUUUUGUCCAUGCACAGCUCACAACCCUCCGAUUUGAGACAGUGAAAUGAUCUUUCUUAUGUUCAGGUGAUAUUGUAGUUCACCUGACUGAGUGUAGAAAUCAUGGGCUUUUAUGAGCCUUGGCAAGUCCGUUAAGGAGUUAGUGGUAGGUUCUCCCAAUCUAUCCAUGUAUUCUACUGCUCAAUGAAGGGUGACCUUUUUCUCAA